AGAAUCUAUGGGGGCUACCCCAUACAUUCCUCCACCCCAUAGAUUCUAUGGGGCUGCCCCAUAGAUCUUUUCACCCCAUAGAAUCUAUGGGACUGCCCCAUAGAUUUCAGUGCCCCAUAGAUUCUAUGGGGCUGCCCCAUAGAUUCCUCCACCCCCAUCGAUUCUAUGGGGCUGCCCCAUAGAUUCCUUCACCCCUUUCGGAGCACUUCGGAGCAGUUCGGGGGACGAUCGGAGGACUUCCGGAUUUUUAGGCGCACUUCCGGUCCUUUCGGAGCUUUUCGGAGCUGUUCGGAGAACAUCCGAGCGCCUCGGAGCUUUUCGGACCAUUUCGGAAGUGUUCGGAGCACUUCCGGUGCCUUCCGAGAACGUCGGAACACUUCCGGUCCUUUCGGAGAAGUUCGGAGCACUUCGGCCCGAUCCGAAGGCACUUCCGGUACCUUCGAGCUGUUCGGGAGCAUAUCGGAACACUUCCGGUUUUUUCGGGGCAAUUCGGGUCACUUCGGAGAUCUUCGGUUCGAGUUCGGGGCACAUUUGGUAUUUUCGCAGCACUUCCGGUCCUUUCGGAGCACUUCCGGUCCUUUCGAAACACUUCGGAGCAGUUCGGGGGGAGAUCCGCGCACUUCCGGAUUCUUCGGCGCACUUCCGGUCCUUUCGGAGCACUUCCGGUGCCUUCGGAGAACUUCGGAAGACUUCGGGGAAGUGCCGAUCAUUUCAGAACACUUCCGGUCUUUUCGGAGAAGUUCGGGUCACUUCGGAGAUUUUCCGUUCGAGUUCGGGGCACUUCCGGCCUUUGAGAAGCACUUCCGGGGAGCUUCGGAACACUUCGGAGCUUUUCGGAUCAGACCGUGCAGCAAUUCGGACCACUUCCGGUCCGUUCGGAGCACUUCCGGUAGGCGAGAUGGAAAUCGGGCCGCAUCGGAUCACUUCGGUGGCGUUCGGGAAACCUCGGAGAUGUUCGGAGAUGAUCGGGAAACUGAGGGACGCGGCUCAAUAGCGCCGCCUGGCGGACAGCGCCGUUAUUGCAGCAUUAAUAAAGGCUAAUUGCGCCCCCUGGUGGGAUUACAGCGGGUAUUGCACCAAUUAUUAAUAUUAACGCCCCAUAGAUUCUAUGGGGCUGCCCCAUAGAUUCCUUCACCCCAUAGAUUCUAUGGGGCUGCCCCAUAGAUUUCAGUGCCCCAUAGAUUCUAUGGGGCUGCCCCAUAGAUUCCUGCACCCCAUAGAUUCUAUGGGGCUGCCCCAUAGACUAUUCCGCCCCAUAGAUUCUAUGGGGCUGCCCCAUAGACUUCAGUGCCCCAUAGAAUCUAUGGGGCUGCCCCAUAGAUUCCUCCACCCCAUAGAUUCUAUGGGGCUGCCCCAUAGAUUUCAGUGCCCCAUAGAUUCUAUGGGGCUGCCCCAUAGAUUCCUCCGCCCCAUAGAUUCUAUGGGGCUGCCCCAUAGAUUCCUCCGCCCCAUAGAUUCUAUGGGGCUGCCCCAUAGAUUCCUUCACCCCAUAGAUUCUAUGGGGCUGCCCCAUAGAUCUUUUCACUCCAUAGAUUCUAUGGGGCUGCCCCAUAGAUCUUUUCACUCCAUAGAUUCUAUGGGGCUGCCCCAUAGAUUCCACCACCCCAUAGAUUCUAUGGGGCUGCCCCAUAGAUUCUGCACUGACUUUUGACCCCAAUGUCACCUUUGCCCCCUAAAGUGGUGACCUUUGACCCCCCUGGUGACCCUUGACCUUACAGUGGUGCCUUUUGACCCCCAGCUUUGACCUUUGACCCCAGAUGUGACCUUUGACCCCCUCAAGCCUUGGCUCCCCCUAAAUCCAUGAGCUUUGACCCCCCAUCGUUGUGACCUUUGACCCCCAUUGUGUGACCUUUGACCCCAUCGUGUGAACAUUGACCCCAAUCCAUGACCUUUGACCCCAACCCGUGACCUUUGACCCCCAAACCUGGGCCCUUCGACCCCUAAAUGUGACCUUUGGACACCCAGUGUUGACCUUUGACCCCAACAUGACAUCAGCUGACCCCCAACCGUAACCUCUGACCCCAAAUUGAACCUGAAUCUUUGACCUUUGACCCCAAAUGGGGACCUUUGACCCCCAAGGAUCCCCAUUAAUGCAGCUGUGUCCCUUAUUGGUGACUUUGACCCCCCCCAAAAUGUGACCUUUGACCCCAUAUUUCACCUUUGACCCCCAUCCAAAUAUGGCGACCUUUGACCCCAUUGCUGACCUUUGACCCCCAAGUUGUGACCUCUGACCCCUCAUAACCCCACAUUUCACCCCCCAAUGUCAGUGUGUGCCAAGAUGGUGACCUUUGACCCCCCAACUGUGACCUUUGACCCCAAUGAGGGCUCUCCGACCCCAAAUGGUGACCUUUGACCCCAAUGUUGACCUUUGACCCCAAUGGUGACCUUUGACCCCCAAGGCUGGGAGCUGCGACCCCCAAAUGACGAACUUUGACCCCCAAGUUGUGACCUCAGUCCAUGACCUUUGACCCCCAAUGGUGACCUUUGACCCCCAACGUUGACCUCUGACCUCAAUCCUUGACCCCUGACCCCAAUCCAUGACCUUUGACCCCCCAAAAUGUGACCUUUG